UGCCGGCCGAGCGGAGCCGAGCCCAGCCCGGGCCGGGCGCAGCCGGCGGCGGGGGCGGGCACAUCCGCGCCGGUGCCGCGGGGGCUGGGGCACGGCGGAGGCAGCGCCGGAAUGGGGGUGGCUUCCUGAAGCGCGGGGAAGGGAGGGCGGGAGGAGGCUGGUUCUUGCCUUUCGGUGCCUUCUCCGCCCCCCUCCCGCCCGUCUCUCUCCCAAGUUUGCCGCCUCCGGAGCGGCUGGCUGCGGGCUGCCCCGGCCCCGCUCCCGGCGCUGCCCGCGGCGGGGCGGGCGGGCACGGCGGCGAGCCCAGGCGAGGCAGGGAGCGGCCCGGCCGCCCCCGGGGAAGGCUGUGCUCCGGGGAGCUGCGGGGGGAGGCGGCUGGCACAGACGCCGAAGCUCCGCCGCCCACCCCCCGGCACCGCCGCAGUCUGCCCAGCGCCGGCAGCCCCGGGAGAUGGUGACACAUGAAGCGUGCGGGAAGGACCAUGGUUGAGAGGACCAGCAAGUUCUUGCUGAUCGUGGCCGUCUCCGUGUGCUUCAUGCUCAUCUUGUACCAGUACGUGGGGCCGGGGCUGAGCCUGGGUUCCCCCAGCGGCCGCUCCUACUCGGAGGAGCUGGACCUCUUUCCCACGCCGGACCCGCACUACGUGAAGAAGUAUUACUUCCCCGUGCGGGAGCUGGAGCGGGAGCUCGCGUUCGACAUGAAGGGCGAGGACGUGAUCGUCUUUCUGCACAUCCAGAAGACCGGCGGCACCACCUUCGGCCGCCAUCUGGUGCAGAACGUGCGGCUGGAGGUGCCCUGCGACUGCCGGCCCGGGCAGAAGAAGUGCACCUGCUACCGGCCCAACCGCAGGGAGACCUGGCUCUUCUCACGCUUCUCCACGGGCUGGAGCUGCGGGCUGCACGCCGACUGGACCGAGCUCACCAACUGCGUGCCCGGGGUGCUGGACCGCCGGGAGAGCGCCGCGGCCAAGACUCCCAGAAAAUUUUACUACAUCACUCUGCUGAGAGACCCCGUAUCUCGUUACCUCAGCGAAUGGCGUCAUGUUCAACGAGGAGCUACUUGGAAGACCUCCUUGCACAUGUGUGAUGGCAGGACACCAACUCCUGAAGAGCUGCCCUCGUGCUACGAGGGCACGGACUGGUCGGGCUGCACGCUGCAGGAGUUCAUGGAUUGCCCAUAUAACUUGGCCAACAACCGCCAAGUGAGGAUGUUGGCUGACUUGAGCUUGGUGGGCUGCUACAACAUGUCCUUCAUCCCAGAGAACAAGCGAGCACAGAUCCUGCUGGAGAGCGCAAAAAAAAACCUCAAAGACAUGGCCUUCUUCGGCCUGACAGAGUUCCAGAGAAAGACUCAGUACCUGUUUGAGAGAACUUUUAACCUGAAAUUCAUCCGGCCCUUUAUGCAGUACAACAGCACGCGGGCGGGCGGGGUGGAGGUGGACAACGACACCAUCCGCAGGAUCGAGGAGCUCAAUGACUUGGACAUGCAGCUCUAUGACUAUGCAAAGGACCUCUUCCAACAGCGCUACCAGUACAAACGGCAGCUGGAGAGGAUGGAGCAGAGGAUAAAGAACCGGGAGGAGAGGCUUCUUCACCGGUCCAACGAAGCGCUUCCCAAGGAAGAGACCGAGGAGCAAGGACGUUUGCCCACUGAGGACUACAUGAGCCAUAUUAUAGAGAAGUGGUAGCCUAGGCAGACUUUUAUAUUAAUGAUAUUCUAGGGUUUCCAUAUAAGAGAUCGUGGAAGUAAAAUUACAAAAAAAAUACAAAAAUACAAAAAAACAACAACAACGAAAAAUAUUUUAUUUAAAAACAAGUCUGUAAAACAGAAGAUAAAUUGCUUCCUUGAGCAUAGGGUCUUUUUACUGUUUCUUACAAGACCGAUGAGAUUCUUAAAAAAAAAAAAAAUAAAUACAUAAAAAUAAAAAAAGGGUCAACAUUCUAAUGCAGAGAUAAAAAAUGCAUAAAUGCAGUUACCAACUCAUAAGUCCAAAUACAGAAGAACAUUUCUUAUCCUCACGAUUUUAACACAAAUGGCAGAAGUUGGAUUUUUUUAAAAUCUGUUUGUCCCCUGAACGUAAUGAUCUAAAGAUACAUAAUUAAAAAACAAGGAAACAGAGGUUUUCUUUUGUGGGGGAGGUGGGAUGGGAAUUGCAUUGUUUGUCAGAAACUGAUAAUGGUGACGAAGGUGAGGAUGGUCAUCCUGUCAGGCUGGGAUGUGAGCACACAGACAUUCAGCUGGCAGCCACUGCCAGAAAGUAGAGCACCAUGAAAAAAAAAAAAAAAGAAAACCAGUCAGAGGAUGAGAGACAUUAAAGCAAAUUGACAAUGGC